GUGCGUGGCAGGCCAGGCCAAGUUAUUAAGACGAGAGUGUGUCUGGUGCCGCGUAAAAAUCGGCUGCGAAACUGCCACCGCUCGUGAAAUUUAAUAAUUACGCGCUACCUUAUAACCUUUGACCCCUUUGGAGUACUACCACCUUGUAGAUAAGAUCAUCCGCCACGCCCCUCAGACUGGAUAAGGUCAAGUGUUUUGCUCUUUUGUUGCUGACCCCACUUCCCACCGUUGUGUCCAGUUCAAGAGCUGGAUGACACGGCGACCCUGAGUGAUGGGUACUUUGGUGGACAGUAACGAGAUUUUCGCAAGUUUAAAAGGAGGAGGUGGUACUACGAUUCAAUUGAUGAUGGGAAGUGCUGCUGCUGAAGAGAAAGUUACGACUACGAAUGGCUGGUCAGAGGACGAAGCUGAUUCUCUCCUUUCCCUUGUCGGAGGCUGGAGGCUAGACGAGUUUACCGGUGGUGGGGGCGGAGGGGGUGUGGUUGUGACGACAAACGGUCACACGAAUGGGACAACUCCAAAUGGAAUAACCAACGGAAUAAAUGGGAUUUCAAAUGGAGUCGCUAACGUGUCAUCCUGCCUCAUUCAUGCAAUGCCACAUAUUUGUUGGUGUGAGGUGUGUUCAAAGGGUCUCUGCCGUAUCUGUUCUCAGGACCAUACCGCACGUGGUCACGGCACAAGGACGCUAAAGGAGAUGGGCGAUACGCUAACAUUGACGUUAGAGGCUGAAACUCUCAAUCUGGGAAAGUUACUGAAUGAAGUGUAUCGCGUAGAAAGAAAUCAGCAAGACAUCGUAAUGAAGAUAAUAGACGCAUUAAGUCAGGCUAAAAGGGAUCUCGAGGAGGAGCUAAUGAAUGGGUUUUCCGUUUUUAGUGAGUUGCCUCAAGUUCAUGACCUAUUAACGUCGGCGCGCAAGUCCCUAGCAAACGGCAGCUCUGAAUCAAACCACCUGUCCCAUCUUUCAUCCCUUAUUUCCGCACUCACUUGUCGCAAACAGCAACUCGAGAAUUGUCUUUUUCGCGCAAUGGUCAGCGUUUCGCCGAUGUACGCAUGUGGUUCGAACUCAAACCAUGAAACCCUUAGAUUAAUUCAUAAUUACACUUCGGCCAAACUGGGGUUGAAUAAUUUUGCAUUUACCACUGGGAAUGGAGUUCUCAAGAGCAGUCAGAAGGCAUUGAUAUCUCCGCCCAAGUACUCACCUACUGCCUUGAGCCUAGGCAGUGUUUCCGGACCUCGGUUUUAUUUCGACAUGGAAGUUCAAUCUGUUCCUUUGGGACGUAUAAUCAUCGAAACCCGGCCCGACGUUGCGCCCAAAAUGUGUGAAAAUUUCAAAGCUUUGACGACGAAAGAGAGAGGAUUUGGUUUUCAUGGGUGCGUUGUGUUCCAGUGUUGGAAAGGCGAAUCUGUAAUUACGGGUGACUUUGAGCACAACAAUGGCAGAGGCGGACACUCAAUAUACGAAGAAGGUCUCUUCAUGCCAGAAGACACGAGACUACCCGCGAUCCGAGGUGCAAUCGGGAUGCGUCGCACUCAAAAACGCCAUGAUUCGAAAGGACUGGUUGGUUCCCAAUUUCGAAUCAUCCUCCAAGACAUGCCCGGUUUUACAGGAAUUUUCGGUCAUAUCCUCGAAGGAAUCGAGAUUGUCGACAAAAUCUCUGAAUGCGGUGACCCUUCAGGAAAUCCCACGAAGCGUAUUGGAAUUAGAAAAUGUGGCGCUUUGAAGUAGAUUUUAUUAUAUUCGAUAUAUAUAUAUUAUAAUAUUAUUAUGCGAUUUUUUUGUUUGUUUUUCGAUGACUAAUUAUUAUGCAAGUGCGAGCGAGAACUUUAAUUAUUAACUACUUUUGUCGUGUUUUUGUCUUGACAUUCCUCUAAGCGGAGUUUAAAACGGAUUAUCAUGGAAAAAACCAUUAUAUUCAUCAUAUAUAUUCGUGUGCUGACAAAGAAUAAAUCGCGGACCUAAAAUUGCUUUCAUGUAAAAA